GUACAUAUACCUAGAUGUAUGCAGAGCCCGACGGCGGUGGCAUGAAUUCCCUUGGAGUGCCCAUAUAAUUGAUAUCUCAAUAAAGAAAGACUGCAAUCGUUGUCAGGUGUCUUCCACGUGUUUGUACGAACAGAUUCGUCUGAUAUUCUCUUCAUCUCGUCUACGCUUUCCUCUUCCCCUAGUGCAAGGCAGCCAGUUGUUAAGUGUAAAGUUAUUCUGCCUAACAUUUGCCUUUCACAUCUUAUUCUCCCUCCCUCUCUCCAUCUUAUCUUUCUGUUCCCUCUUUCCCGUCCCCCAGAGUAGGGUAGCCAACCAGACGCAUUUCUGGUUAACAUCCCUGCCUUCUCUCUUUAUUUCCUCCUCCUCCGCCAUUGUCUGUUCGCUUCAUGUGAUUGGGGCAGAUGUAGGACGUAAGGGGAUACACGCGUCGCAUAUCUGGCCAGUAGCGCAGCGAAUGUAGACAGGAGCGCGAAGGGAACACGACAGAUGCAUAUUAGAGAUGGAAUCAUUGGAAGACGGGCUAUGGGAGUAGAAACAACGUGGUCGGUAACACUAGCGCAUCGUCCUGGAGUUUUCGCUGGUAGCUGUCAGCUACGGAGUCGGGCGCCGGUUUUGAGUGUGAAUACGACCAAGAGGCUUGUAGUCGCACCUAAAGCACAACCAUGAGUCUUCUCCUGGAGAAGCUCGUCUCCAGCGCGUGCGACUGGCGAUGGAUCACCACGGUGCUGGUCUUUGCGCUGUCCUACCUACUGGGCCGCUUCUACCACCGAGUGUCCAAAUACCCGAGAGGACCCUUUCCGCUGCCACUUGUCGGAAACCUCUUGGCGCUUCGCAACGUUAAAGACCUGCACUUCAAGGCGACCGAACUGACCAAAACGUACGGCGACGUGUUCACCCUGUGGAUGGCCCACAAGCCCAUGGUGAUCCUGAACGGCCAAGCCGCCAUUCGAGAAGCGUUCCUCGAGCGCAGGCACGAGUUCGCCGGACGCCUCGAGACCAAAAUGGGCGAAUUGCAAACUCAGGGAAACCACGACAUCCUGUUCGAAGACUACAACCCACGAUGGAAGGCCCUCCGAAAGGUCGCUCUGCUGGCUGUGAGGAAAUACGCGGUGAGUGACUCCCUGGAGAAGCUGUGUGCGGAUGUAGUUGACGCCUACGUGGACUCCUUGCCAGACGGACCUCAGAUCGUCGACUCAAGAAAGCCAUUUUUCUACCUGCUCUACAACGUGAUUGGAGUAUCCGUCUACGGCACAAAGCUGGACGAAGAGGACAAGGAGAUCCGGCGUCUGGAAGCUAUCGACUCCCAGUUCGUCGAGGUCGCGCCUAACGGACUACCGAGCGACAUCGCGCCCUGGCUGGCAUUCCUGUACCGUGGACGGGAGAAGAAGGUUGAGGACCUGUUCCGCGAGUUCAGGGAGAUCGUCGGCAGGCUUUUCACCAAAGCUGAAGCCAGCUACGUCCCAGGCAAGACUGAGAACUUUACGCACGCCAUGCUUGCUGCUCGGGAGGAAGCCAUCCGGGAGGAGAAGGGAGACGCCGAAUACCUGACCAAAGGAAACAUGGUGCAGGUUGUUCUGAACAUCUUCGGUGCUGCGACUGACACUUCGGCAGGAGAACUACAAUGGCUGUUUCUGAUGAUGGCAAAGGAACCGAAAAUACAAGAGAAAAUUCAAAAAGAAAUCGAGGACACCAUCGGGAGCACGCCACCAGUGUACAAGGAUAGAGCCAGGCUUCCCUAUACCGUGGCUUGCCUGCUAGAGGCGCUUCGCUUCCGACCCAUAGCCCCACUUGGUCUACCCCACAAGUCGUCUACGGAGACCAAAGUUGGAGAGCUCGUCAUACCCAAGGGUACCGGGAUCUUGUACAACGUAUACAGCGUAAACCACGACCCCACGAUGUGGGAGAAGCCGGAAGAAUUCAGGCCCGAACGCUUCUUGGACUCGGCCACGGGAAAGCUGCGCCAGGACGCUGGCCCGCUGAUAACCUUCGGCAUGGGUCCCCGCACAUGUCCAGGAGAGAAGCUGGCACACAUGGACAUGUUCUACAUCCUCGUGCGACUCAUGCAGAAACUCAGCUGCAGCGCCCCAGGAAAGCCUUCGGAUGUGAACCUUGACGGCAAUGGCUCCAGCCUCUUCCUGCUGCCCGAAAAGCAGAACAUUGUGCUGACCAAGCGACACUAGACUGUUGCUCGGUCCGCGCUCUCGCGGAACAGUAGUACGCGACUGCGAUGUCGUGUUUCUCGAAGUUGACGACGCUGUGUGUGCAGCAGCUGCAAAGCUGUGGUCUCGCUUUCCGAGUUACUGCACUAUGCUUCUCACGAACACCUUAUUGUGUCGCUUAAAAUUUAAGCAAGACCUCAAAUACAAUACGAAACAUGUAUUUAGACUAUGCGAUUCACCACGCAAUCGCGCUACGUUUUAUGUUAUUACAGAACAGCUGUGGGAACAGGCUACCGCCAUGGACAGACGUACUGUCAUAUGUCGGAUAUUAAGGGUUUACAUAACGGUCUGACAUCGGGCUGGUUCUAAUAAAAGCCCACUUUUCUUGAGCA